AUCACCACUGUCACCACCAAUACGACAUCAGAUCCCCGAUAUGAAAUCGACUUCGAUGAUGACGGCGAAAACCCCCAAGACUGGACCAUGCUGAAGAAGGGCACUAUUAUUUUCAUCAUGUCUUUCUCUACCCUCGUGGUAGUAAUGUAUUCGACCUCGUAUACGAGCGGCAUCCCUGGCAUGAUGAGCACCUUCGACAUUACAUCGAAAACCCUUAUCGUUCUGGGCGUCACGACCUACCUCGCUGGUCUUGCUCUCGGCUCUAUCGUUCUAGCGCCUUUGAGUGAGAUGUAUGGCCGCCGGCCUGUUUAUCUGAUCGCUGUCUUCAUGUUUACCGUGUUGAUCAUUCCAUGUGCCCUAGCGAAGAACCUGGAAACCAUUUUAGUUGUUCGAUUCUUCGGUGCCAUCGCCGGUUCAGCUAUGAUAUCCAAUGCGCCUGGUACUGUCGCCGAUAUCGUGAGCGAUGAUUACCGGGCUCUCGCAUUUUCCGUCUGGUCUAUAGGUCCUAUGAACGGACCAGUCGUCGGGCCUGUAAUCGGAGGAUUCGUUUUUCAGUAUCUGGGAUGGAGAUGGACAAAUUGGGUUGUUAUGAUUGGAUCGGGAUUGUCGUGGUUCAUGGUGGCCCUCAUCGGAGAGACUUACGCGCCAGCUCUUCUACGAGCCAAAUCAGCGAAGAAGCGUAAAGAGACGGGCGACGACCGUUGGUAUUCGCGCUACGACGACAAGAAGAAGUUCUUCCCAAUGCUCAAGGAGAACCUCGUUCGGCCUCUGGAGAUGAGCGUAAAGGAGCCAAUAUGUAUCUUCUGGAACGUGUACAUCGCACUGGUCUAUGGAGUGUUGUAUCUGUGCUUUGUAUCGUACCCCAUUGUGUUCGGCGAACUACGCGGGUGGAGUGCUGGCCUUACAGGUCUUGGCUAUGUAGGGAUUGGUAUUGGAGGUAUGGUUACCAUUUGCUCCGAACCCCUCCUCCGCCGCCUCAUCAACAGCCACAAGCUCGAUCCUGAGACAGGUAAACCGCCCCCAGAGGCCAUGGUCAGCAUCGUCUGCAUUGCAGCUGUAUGUGUUCCGGUCGGCGAGUUGAUCUUCGCGUGGACCUGUACGCCGAAUGUCCAUUGGAUAGCACCCUUGAUCGCCGGCAUUCCUUUCGGCGCCGGCAAUUGCGGCGUUUUCAUCUAUGCCUCGAACUACCUCGUACACUCUUAUGGAAUCUACGCCGCAUCUGCAUUGGCCGGUAACGCAGUGCUUCGAAGCGCUAUGGGCGGUACGCUCCCGCUUGCAGGCCCCAAGAUGUAUGAGACUCUUGGACCUCACUGGUCCGCUACCAUGCUCUCGUUCAUAGAGUUUGCGAUGAUUCCCAUUCCCCUCGUGUUCUACCGCUACGGCCACAAGAUCCGUGAGAAGUCCGCACUUAUCCGACGCAUGCGGGAAGACAAGGAGAAGCUCGAUAGUAGGAAGAGGAAGGCUGCGGAGAGG